AUUUAGUCGUACCAAACAAUUUUUGAAAUUCAUUUUUUGACAUUAUUUACGGAUUAAAUUUUUCUUUAAAUAUGAAAAAGCGCAAAAAGUUAACGUUCUGUUCUAGACCUUUUACUUGUUCGGAGUGCCACAGAUCGUUCACGCAACAGAGCAGCCUAGCAACACACAAACGAACGCACAGUGGGGAAAAACCGUUCAGCUGUACGGUCUGCGGGCGUGAAUUUGCGAAUGGGGGCAACAUGAAGAUUCACAUGAGGGUUCAUACCGGGGAACGCCCCUUCGAAUGUAUGUUUUGUCAACGAGGGUUCAGUCAGCAAAACAGUCUGAAGGCUCAUCUGCGAAUACACAGCGGUGAAAAACCGUUUUCCUGUGAUCAGUGUGACAAAACAUUUCGAGUUCUUGGAAAUUUAAGAAAGCAUCAAGCAGUCCAUUCGGAAAAUGUUCCUUAUGCUUGUGAAAUUUGCGAAAAAAAAUUCAAACUGAAGUCGGAUUUGAAGAGACACAAAAAGACCUUUCAUGAACUAAAUGUGUCAUCAAACGAUGUGGACGAAUUCCUAGCUACUCCACAUCUGCUGGCAAACAAUAUACAGUCUUCAUCAACGUCAAUCAUUGAUAACCAAAUAAAAGUAGAACCUGGCUUUGAUAGUGGUGAAAGUGUCGACCUGGCAAACAAACGAGAUGUAGUAGCAUUUAAAGAGGGCUUAAGUACUAUUGACAUGGAGGCUGUUAAUUCUGUGACUGGGAUUCAUAGUUAUACAUAAGUAUUGACUAUCAUUUUUACUUUUUUUGUUUAUUAAAUCGUGCUCUUGAAAUCUAAUAUAUUUGAUUUGGUUUUCUUAUUUUGUUUUAAAAGACUACAUUUUAGCUUAUUUAUUUAAUCAGUAAAUAAUCAAGAUAAUAAUGAAAAGCAUUUUAUGGGUAAUAUGAGUUAUGAUAAUAUAAAAUUUGAAGAGCAUAUUUGUUUUUUAAUUGAAAUUUUAAAGCCUGGUUGAACUUCAAUCCUUUAUAUACAUAUAUAAUAUAAAUAUAUCUUUGUGUGUUUUUGUGUGUAUGGGAAUAUAAUUAUGCAUUUUAUAAUAAUUUGAUAUUAGGCUGUUGAUAGCCUCUGCUAUUGAUAGCUAUUGAUAUAUUUGUACUUGUGUGUGUGUGUGUGUAUGUGUGUGUGCUUGUUUCAUGUAAAUGCUUAAUUGAAUGCAUGUACUUAUAGACAAUAUAUAUAUAUAUAUAUAUAUAUAUAUAUAUAUAUAUAUAUAUAUUUAUAUU